GCUUCUCUGACAAGUAGCACCUUCGACGGCUUCGUCAGGGGGGCAGACAAAGUCCUCAUCGACUUCUACGACAGGAAGAUCGAUGGCUGGGCAGAGCAGAAAUCCGAGCUGGAGCAAGCUCUAAGACAGGUCCGGGACUAUGGCAGUGAUGUAGCUUUCGCCACUGUGGAUGCUUCCGCUGAGGAAGACCUUGCAAAGAGGUACGUAGUAAGCGGAAGAUUCCCGCAGCUCCUCUGGUUUACCCACGGUGAGCCCACACAGUAUCACCGCACGCUGCGGACUGCGAAGGCCAUGGCAGACUUCGUUUUAGCUUUGGACCGAGAGCCCAUGAUGCAGGUGAAGAGUGAGCAAGAAGCAUCUUCAUCCUUUAACCGCGCCGUCUUCGGGAAAGUGAAGAAAGGCUCGUCUCUGUACAAAGCCCUUGAGGUCGUUGCAACCAAGCACAUGGACACAGUCGCCGUGACCUACGUUGACAGCAGUGAAAACGAUAUCAAGUUCCUGGACGAGAUGAAACCUGAGCCCAUCCCCUACUCCGGCCGCCUUGACGUCGAGUCCAUAGACGCCUGGGUGCGAGAUCUGCUCACGAAGUCUGAGCCGAUCCCGGAGGGGCAUCCUGUCUACCAGGACGGCUCUCUGGUGGUCGUGGGGAAAACUUUCGAGGAGGCCGUGUCUCACCGCGACAAGGACGUUUUCAUGCUGGUGUAUGCUCCUUGGUGUGGCUUCUCGAGGAAGUUCUUUCCGGUUUGGAACGCCUUCGCACAGGCCGUAUCCAACGCGAAAAGCUUGAUUGUGGCGAAGAUGGACGGGGACCAGAACAGCUCUCCGCUGCCCGACGACUUUAUGUGGACUUCGUACCCCCACAUUUUCUUCGUGAAGGCAGGCACGAAGAAGCCCAUUCUUUUCCAUGGAAACCGGACCGUCUCGCACCUGGUUCAGUUUGCCGAAGAGCAUGGCACAAAGCCAUUGGACCUGGACCCCAGCAUCAACCUCGAUGACAUAAACGAGCUAUAG